AUGCUCGUCAUUGCCAAAAAAAUUUCCAAACAACUUCAAAACCGAUCGGUCGUUUUUCUGACGAUUUGGACCAGCUUAAGCUUUUUUCUAUUCCUAAUAGUACUUGGUAUUGAAUUCAUCAAACAGCGGUCCGAAUUGAUUCCAUCGAAAUCGACAGGCACUGUGACGAAAAAAUCAGUGUAUCGAGACCCGAUAAUUCUCAUUCCGUUCAUCCUUAUCCCGACAGUCUGCUUAUCCCUUUUCACCCGAUCGAUCCCCAUCGUCUUCUCGAUUCUCUGCUCGAUGACCCUUCAAUUAUCGAUCACCUCGUUAAGCACAUUGGAAACUCGACCGGAAUUCCUAGUGAUCCUCGGAUAUAUUUCGAUAGCAAAUACAAUAUUUCUCAGACGAUGCUGGGAAAAAUAUCGACGAGGUCCGUGCUCAUCGACAAUUUAUCGCAUAAUUCUGGCAACCGUCGAUCGUUCUCUUCCAAUGAUUCUGACUUCAACCCUCUGCGCUUCAUUCAUCCCUCUGAUAUCAAUCCUUCUCCUUUCUCAAACCCUUCAAUCAAUAUACUUGUCGGUCUCGACGCUAAUCAGCAACAUAUGCGUUCAAUCGUUGGUCCUUUCAGUACUUCUCAUACGGAAUACAUAUAAUUGGUGUUUUCCGUCCAUCGGUACAAAUUUUCCGUUACGCCAAUGUCAAGCUUUCAUCGAGGAAAAGCUUGUAUAUAUUGCGCACUUCAUCAUCAAAUUAUGUCAAGAUCUUCUUUCUUCUCGCCUCAAAAUUCCCAUCUUCAUUUUUUAUAUGAUGGCAAUUCUCAGCUAUUUGGGAGUUCUUUUCCUUCGGAUCUACACACAUGUCAACUCUCUAAUAAGACAUAACAAAAUGCAAAUCCUUCUCGAAUUCCAUUCAUAUUAUCCAAUAAUUCUCUCGAUUUGCUUAUUCGUCAUUCCGCUUGCUGUUCUCAUAUCGAUCAAUCGACUCCAGAUUCACACAAUUGUCACGAUGCUCGGGUUCAGUUUCAGCAUGAUUGUUCUUGAUGUUUCAAGGGAACUGCUACUUUAUGAUCGUCCUCUCAAACCGGUAGAGUACAUUCUAGCUACUGUGAUACCGAUCGAUGGUUGUAUUCGUUUCUCUCUUGCUUACCGAUUGUCUAGAAAGAAGAUCCAUGCGGCAAAGGUACUGGAUGCGACUGACAUCUCAUUCUCACAGACGACACUCUCUUCAAUAUCCUCAAUAUCUUCGCUGAUGUUCAUUUUCAUAUACAUGAAUUCUGUCAAAUUCAUACCAAUUUUGGCUACAGUGAUCGCUUCAAAUUGGUUGAACACAGUGGUAUUUUACCCCGUCGCAACUACAUUAAUCGGUGCGUUCGAAUUCGGAAAACGGCGACGGAAUAGUCAACUAUCGGAAACGAGAUCAUUUCACACCGAUCGAUUCUCAUCUCAUUUCUUGCUUGAAAACAACGCGGAUUACACCAAAAAAUACAAUAGCACCAAUUAUUAUGGAAAUGCGAAACAAAAACGGUCCUACAAUGUGGUGAUCACCGAUUCAAGAAGAGCUUCAAUGCCGGUUUCGGUGCAUAAAAUUUCAAUAACCGAUCCAAAUGAUCCAAUUCUCAAAAAGAGAUCGUGGGCAAAUGGAGCACACUUCUCAAUGGACACCACACUAACAAUGACGGCUCGAGAAGCAUUACAUCUGAUUCGGAAACAGGAAUCAAUCACAUCGGACAAUAUAUUGGCCAAAGAAUUGGCGCUUUAUUAG